CUGCGGCCCGGAUCGGGAAGUGUCAACCGGGAACCGCGUUCCCCUUCGCCACUACCACCGCUGAACCCGGACCGCCGACUCAGGCUCGGGCCCAGCCGCCAUGACGAACGUGUACUCCUUGGAUGGGAUUCUGGUGUUUGGUUUGCUCUUUGUUUGCACAUGUGCCUACUUCAAGAAAGUACCUCGUCUCAAAACCUGGCUGCUAUCAGAGAAGAAGGGAGUUUGGGGUGUGUUUUACAAAGCUGCUGUGAUUGGAACCAGGCUGCAUGCUGCUGUGGCAAUCGCCUGUGUUGUAAUGGCCUUUUACGUCCUGUUUAUAAAAUGAAUUCCAAAGUAUCCAACUCAUCAACUGCCAAUCAAGGGGAUGGGGGUGAAGAACCUGUCGGGGGCCUGGACCCAGCAUAGGAGAGUUCAGCUAAAAUCAUCAGAGUCCCCAGGAUGACACCACAGCAUCUGACCCUGCCAUAUGUGGGGAAAACUCAUGAUCAGAAACAUUAUUUAUCCUUCAGGGGACUCCAGAAAGCCAACUUCCUUUGGUCUGUAUGUAAAUCAGUCUUCAGCAGAGAGCAUAAAGUAUUCCAGAUAAAUUACACCCCUUGAAAAGAUCACAUAUGUCCUGCUUAAGAAUAUCAGCUAUUUUGUUCUUCAGCCCCUCAUCAGGAUGUUUUUCAAACUGAGGCUCAUGUUUUUCAAACUGAAGGAAGGAAAUAGGCUGUGUUCAGACAUCUUGGGAGAGGAAAUAAUUUUCAAGACUUGACUUUUUUUCACUGUUUUGGAUUUGGCAGAUUGAGAAUGAGGCAGGCUGCUGGUUGGCAAACAGGAGUUAUGCAACGCCAAGAAAUUGUUUGGUUAUAGAAAUUUAUUUUUCAUAUACUCAUCUGGGAAGAUGCAAAAAGAGAACAGAUAAAGUAGCUGCGCUGCAUGCUGGUAGGUCGAGUUUUGCCAAGAGAAUAUG